GGUGAAUACAGUAUCAAUGGAGCAACUUGCUGCUCUGAGAGACGCCGUUGAUGAUGUAAGUGCUUGGAAUGAUCGCUAAUUUGAUUUCCUCAGUUGAUAUUAAUUUAAUCUAUUACUAAUCAUUUAAUUAAUUGAAUAGGGGUUUGAAAGAAAUUCAAGACCGACUCAAGACACAAAUGGAAGAUCGGUUUGGCUAUACGAAACAAAUGUUUGAGUUGUAAUUGGAUUAAUCUCCAGAUUGUAUCGUUUCGUAUAUUAUGUUUUGAGCUUUUCUUUUUUGGGAAUUUUAUCGGAAUUAAGAUUCAAGUCGCAAAUAUGAAAUACAAAAUACCGAAAGUUGUGUAGUUUAAUUUCAGUCAUACACUCAGAUAUUACCAAGAAUUUGAGAUAAUCUCACGUCAAAAAGGGUCUAUCAUGACAAAAGCGCGAGUCCGGAGUUUGAUACAUAGUUUGGGAUCACUAGUGUAAGUGAAUCUUCUUGUCUUUAGUUACAUCAUGAUAUAAUAACAUAAUUUACCUUUACUUAUAUCGCAGAGACCGCAUUUAGAACAUUUGAUCGAUAGGAAACAACAAACUAUGUGGGAAACCUCGAGGUCGUCUCUUUUAAAGCUUUGUUUAUUGGGACCCUUGUUUAUUUAUGUCCAUCUUAACCGAAUUUGUACCUUUUUUAAAAUAUCCCUGAACCCUGGACUCUGUUAAAACCAGUUGGUUUUGAGACUCAUUGGUUUCCAAAAAAAAUGAACUAAAAGGGAAAACGUUACAAGAGAAUAUGAAAAUAUUUAAGUUAAAAAAAAAAGAAUAUGAAAAUAUUAAUGUUACUGAAAAUUAUAGGGGUUAAACUUGCAAUAAUGAUUCUGUUUGUAUUCUUGACUAAUUUUGAUAUUUCUCAACAUAUUUAGGUUGAGAAAAUGAAGGUUGGCAAUUGAUCUGGAAGUGGAGAUGUUAAGAAAUAUAUAUAUGUUAAGAUGACACUAAUUUAUUAAUAAAUAUAUAAAUUAAUAAUAUUAAGAGGAUAAUCUCUAUUUAAUAGUAUUUAUUAAUGUCUAUAAGUAUUAAUUUACAGUUACAUAAUUAAAAUAUGUUUAAUGUAAAAUAUAUAAAAAAGUUUCAUUAUUUAUAUAAUAAUUAAUUUUUUCAUAUAAUUUUAUUUUCGUAUCAAAAUAUUAUAAAUUUGUACAAGAAUUUCAAAAUAAACUCUCUUGUAAAUAAAAACAAAUAAUACAAUGUUUUUAGUGUGUACAUAAACGUUAGAAAUAUCAAUUAUUAGUUAGAAAUUUAAAUGAAUUAUAUAUAUAUAUAUAUAUAGAGUUUUUAAAAUCAUUAGUUUAUCGAAUUAUAACAUAUUCUAAAUCAAUCUAAUUUAGAACAUGUAAAUUAUAUUAUAAUAAUAUUUAUUAAAAUUUAUGGAGUUUAUAUUUUUUUUAUUGGUUGUUUCGGGCCUUGUCACUAUUUUUAUUGCUCAUAUAAAAAAAAUCAUUUAACUAACCCAGAAAAAAAAACUAGAGAAAACCCUAUUCGCAAACAUCCAAUGGAUUCAGCAACAAGCACCAUACAUCACCUCCCAGAUGCGAUACUGACGGAGAUUCUAGCGAGGUUACCCUUAAGAAGCAUCUCUAGAUUGAAAUCCGUUAGCAAAACACUGAAAGCAACACUCGAAUCUGUGUACUUCAGACGUCUCUUUGUGUCUCUACAUAAGGACUCCUCUUCCUCUUGGUCGUUAUGUUCACACAGAGGAAAAAAACUGAUAGGGUUCCAUGGAUGCAAGACAUGGGAUCUUCCAAAGUCUCUAGGUUCAUUCAUCUCAGUGCCUCUUGGUUUUAAGUUUAAGGCUUCUUCCAAUGGAUUGGUUUUGAUCGAAAGAUAUGAUCAUGAUUGCUCCUAUGUGGGCAAUCCAGUUUUACAACAGUGGGUCAAGAUCCCUCAGCUUCCAUGUGGUUAUUGUGGUGUGCUUGGUCUGGUGACUCGCGUGGACGAGGACGGCGUCGUUUUGGGUUUCAAAGUGGUUAGGAUAGCUUCGUCUGUAAUGAGGAAUGAUCAUGCCUCCUAUACCUUGAAUAUGUUUGUGUAUUCCUCUGAGACAGGGAUUUGGACUUCCAAGAUUCUUCAAUGCCCUCAUCUAAUCACCGGAUACGGUGCUAGGGCUACGAAUCUGAAUGGUACUAUUUAUUUUGUCAUUCUCCAUGUACCUGGAGUAGUCUUAGCUCACGAUUUCUAUUCCAAUUCUGAUCAGUUCAUGUUUGUACAUUUACCGGAGCAUUCCAAUCACAGCAACAACGGUGGGGUGGACGGAGCCUUGACUACAUCCAGAGGGUUCGUCAUGUAUGUGAAAUCAUUAGUUCAAAAGAGAGGAACUGUUUUGAAGGUUUGGAGAUUGAACAACGAUGAAUCUUGGCAACUCUUGUGUGAGAUUAAUGGUCUCUCAAUUAGUGGUAGUUUUGUACCCAUAGCGAUGCAUCCAUUUGAUAGUGAUAUUGUCUAUCUGUGGCACCAAGAGAGUCCUCGUCAUCUGGUAUCAUGUAACUUUUUUGAUAAGCUGGUAUCAUGUAACUUGCGGACGGAAACACUCAUCGAUCCAGCUAGAGAAUAUCAUGGAAAUUUUUACAUGAACCUGUCUGGUUUUGAGGAGUAUAUGGAUGAGAUAGGGAGUUCAAGACCAUCAGAUUGGAACUAUGGAGCUUUAAACGGGUUAUUUCAAUCCGUGCUCCCACGGUGGAUGGAACCAGUGCCUCGUCCUCCCCAAGUUGAGAUGAUAUAUACAACUUCACUACCUUCUUACGUUGCAUGCUGCUUAACUGAACAAGAGGAGAAAGAGGAAUAGAGGCAACGAUAUUGUCAUUUAAAUUCAGUGUUUUCAGUAUAUUUUCUUCUCUUGUCUUUGGGUUUAUUUAUAUAGCCAUGUGGACUUAACACAUGUCUUCGGUUUUAUUUUGUGCCUAGUUUCUUGUUUCUGACAAGAGUAUUAUCAUGUAUACAGUUCUCCUCAAAC